AAAUCGGUAUAUGAACCAAAAUACAGCACACAGAGAAAUGGUAAACAUAAAGACCAGCUUGUCUCCAAUAUCAUGACCACCAUCACCGAGCCACCAUUUCAUUAUCAUCAUCAUAUCCAAACCAUUUCACAAAAAACACUUUUAAAUCUAUUAACCACAAAAUGCACCACAUCUCUUCAACUUCUCAAACAAACCCACGCUCUUAUCCUCAAAACGGGCCACUUUCAAGACCACUACAUUUCUGGUACUUUAAUUAAGUCUUACUCUAAUCCUUAUUUCAACACUUUUCAUUCAUCUAUACAAGUCUUUAGUGAAGUCCCUAAUCCGAAUGUUUUCGUUUGGAACUCGGUUAUGAAAGCGUGUUUCGACAAUGACAGACAUUGCUUGGGCCUCUUGUUUUAUUUAGAAAUGGUUAUUAAUGGUUCGGACACGAAUAAGUUUACGUAUCCAAUGUUGUUUAAAGCUUGUAUGGUUGUGAAUUGUGCUAAAAUAGGUUUUGAAAUUCAUGGUCAUGUGGUGAAAAAUGGACAUAUGAAUGAUGAGUAUGUGAAAAGUGCUGGGAUUCACAUGUAUUCGUCGUUUGGAAGGUUAAAUGAAGCUAGAAUGAUUUUUGAUUAUGGCGAAUCAUCGGAUGUUGUAUGUUUUAAUGCUUUGAUUGAUGGGUAUUUGAAAUGUGGAGAUAUUGAGUCUGCUAAUUUUUUGUUUGGAUCAUCAAGGAUCGAAAAGAAUGUUGGUUCUUGGAAUACAAUGGUUGCCGGGUUGGCUAAAUGUGGGAUGGUGGACGAUGCUCGAGAAGUCUUUGAUGAAAUGGAUUCAAGAGACGAGAUUUCGUGGAGUUCUAUGAUUGAUGGGUAUAAUAAAAAUGGGCGUUUUGAAGAAGCAAUGGAAAUCUUUAGAGCAAUGCUAAGGGAGAAAGUUAAGCCAAAGAAAUUUAUUCUUUCUAGUGUGGCAUUAGCUUGUGCAAAUGUAGGGUCUCUUGAUCAAGGAAAAUGGUUACAUGGUUACGCUAGGCGGAAUUCUAUAGAACUAGAUGGGGUUUUGGGGACUAGUUUGUUAGAUAUGUAUGCAAAACUUGGACGGCUUGAUUUGGCGUGGGAUGUUUUUGAGACAAUGAAAACGAAACAAAUUUCUUCAUGGAACGCGAUGAUUGGGGCUCUUGGAAUGCAUGGUAGAGCAAAGGAUGCAAUCCAGCUUUUCACUGAAAUGGAAAAACAUAAUGUUAAGCCUGAUGAAAUCACAUUUGUUGGAAUACUAAAUGCUUGCGCUCAUGGAGGCUUACUUGAUGUGGGCUUUGAGUAUUUUAACAAAAUGCAAGAAGUUCAUGAGAUUGAGCCAACGGUCCACCAUUACGCAUGUAUCGUUGACCUAUUAGGCCGAGUAGGGAGGUUAGCUGAAGCCGAGAUGCUAAUAACUAAAAUGCCAAUGACACCAACUCCCGCGGUCUGGGGUGCACUUUUAGGUGCUUGUAAAAUUCAUGGAAACGUUGAUAUGGGUGAAAGAAUUGGUAAAAUGCUAAUCAAUUUAGAGCCUAAAAACGGGGGUCGAUAUGCAUUACUAUCAAACAUAUACGCAAAGGCUGGUAGAUGGGAAGAUGUUGAGCAGUUAAGAGCGUUAAUGAAAGAAAAAGGGGUAAAGACUACAACUGGGAGAAGUACAAUUGAUUUAGAUGGCGUUUUACACGAGUUUAAAAUUGGGCAAUCUGAUCACCCAAGAAUAAGAGAGAUUUACGCAAUGGUAGACGAGAUGAUUGGUAAACUAGAGCUAGAAGGUUAUGUGCCUAGAACAUCUGAGGUGUUGUUUGAUAUUGAUGAGGAUGAAAUGGAAACGACACUAUGGCGACACAGUGAAAAGCUUGCAAUAGCAUUUGGGUUGAUUAGUACAUCACCUGGAACACCUAUUAGGGUCACGAAAAAUCUCAGGAUGUGUGAAGAUUGUCAUUCCGCGAUUAAGCUAGUUUCAUCUGUUUAUGAGAGGAAUAUAAUCGUGAGAGAUCGUUCAAGAUUUCAUCAUUUCAGAAACGGGAAGUGUUCUUGCAAGGAUUUUUGGUGAGGAGUACUUAACCAAGGUCUAAAUUGAAACUCAUGAUUACUUAAGUAUGGGAUUUUGUUUGGAUUCGUUGCCUAUUGAUAAUGGGAAAUGAUAAAUGUACCACAAAAAAUGAUAAACAUAUCACACUGUACAAUCUUCAUAACAUAUUGUACAAGUAUGUGUUGCACAGUUGUGGUAGAUUCAUUGGAUGUUGUGGUACAAAUAUCAGCUCUUAUUGAUAAUAUGUAUCAUUACUCGUAAGGGAAACGAUAAAAUGUACUUAUCUAAUUUACUAGACCUAUAAAUUUGCCUAAAAAUUUAAUGCUUAAACAUAACAAAAUCGGUGGUUAAGUUUCCAAAAGAGAAAAAUAACACCUUUUUAGAGUUUUAUUUACUUAAUAUGUCAUGUCUUUCUUGUAGUCAACACCAAUUUAUCGCUUUCGUCCCUAAGUUUAAUAAAUUACAAUUUUAAUUCAAAAAGCUUUACCCCAUCAACACUUUUGGUCCUAGUCCGUUUAAAAACCCAUCACGUGCCAAACACAUGAUGAGUAUUUUCAUUAGAUUUUGACUUUUUUUUUCCAUUGAUACCCUAACCACGAAGUUAUACCCCCAUUUUCACUCUCUUUCUACGUUAGUUCUCUCUUUCUCUACUUAAUCACCUCCUCCCUCUAUCUUUCUCUCUUAUCUCUUCAAAAAAAAAACCCAAAUCUAUCUUCAAGUUAUGGCUUUAUUAUAAAAUGGUUAACUGUAGUUGUGGAUCAUUUGUUGUGGUUCGCACUUUUUGGACACCUCGAAACCCAAAAAGGAGCCCUAAAAGGGGAUCGCAAUGCACCAGAUUUAUUGAAUGGUAUGAUCAAGUUACGUGUGAAUGUUCAAUGGAGUAUGAAGAAUCAAGAAAACAAAAAGUUAAAAGGAACUCUGUUUUUGUCAUGUAUUGUUGUUUUUAUUAUAUUGUAUUUACUUAUUAGUGGUUAAACAAGCUUGGUUUUUAGGUUGAAACUUAUUUAAAAUGUCAAAUGUGUCAUGUAUUGGUUGUUAUUAGUGAAAGUUUGAAUUUUGCUUGUAGUUAUGUUAAUGAAAUUUAUGAAAAA